AUGGAAGGGGUUCAAUUCGGCCUGCAACAGCCGUUCUCAGCCCGCAGGACUGCCUCCGCGACCCCUUCUCCACCCGCGGCGGCCUCCUCUCCACCCCGCCGCGCAACAAAAUCCGCCGCAACCCUAACCCUAGCCCCGCCACCGCCCCCAGCUCUACCAAGCACGGCCGCGGUCAAUCCAACAGCCGCAGGAAGCGGAGCCCCAACUCAUCCCCCCCUCCCCGUCCCACUGCGGACUCGUCGUCCCUAUCUCCAGCCGAGGUCCUUUCCAUGGGACAGGUUAAGAUCCUCAAGCGAGGCGAGCCGAUCCAGAUGA